UAGCGUGUCACGCGUGUGGAAUUCAGUUGAAUCCGCGCGAAAAUACGAAUUCCCGUUGCGGAAUUAGGCCUCUCUCUCUCUCCGAAACUAUAGAAAUUAGGGUUUUGGAAGUACUCUCUCUCUGUCUCACAGAAACGUUAGAAAUUAGGGUUUUUGGGGUUUUGGGAUUAGGCUCUCUCUCUAUCUCUAUCCUGCAAUGGAGUCUCUGAAGAGGAAAACCUUAGAAAAUCACUCUUCUCCAGAAUCCCAUUCUCCACACAAGCUUCAGAAAGAGAACAACGGCUCGUCAAUCCGCACCAGCGAUGAGCCCGUUGCUUGCCUGCACGACGUCUCUUAUCCGGACAGGUACGUCCCACGCCCGAAAUCUGCUGUGAAAAUCAACGGCCCAGAUGCAUCACGGCCUGCGAAGGAAUUCGAGUUCGAGCUUGACCCGUUCCAGUCUGAAUCCAUAAAGUGCCUUGAUAAUGGUGAAUCUGUCAUGGUAUCAGCCCAUACAUCAGCAGGAAAGACCGUUGUAGCACUAUAUGCUAUUGCCAUGUCAUUGCGAGACAAGCAACGGGUGAUCUACACAUCUCCAAUCAAGGCUCUCAGCAACCAAAAAUAUAGAGAAUUCAAAGAAGAGUUCUCAGAUGUCGGUCUGAUGACGGGAGAUGUAACUAUUGAGCCCAAUGCUUCAUGCUUGGUCAUGACAACAGAAAUUUGGCGUAGUAUGCAAUACAAAGGAUCCGAAAUUAUGCGGGAGGUUGCUUGGAUUAUAUUCGAUGAGGUACAUUACAUGCGUGACAGGGAAAGAGGUGUGGUUUGGGAAGAAAGCAUUGUUAUGGCUCCAAAGAACUCACGUUUUGUAUUCCUCUCGGCUACAGUGCCCAAUGCCAAGGAGUUUGCAGAUUGGGUGGCCAAGGUUCACCAGCAGCCCUGCCAUAUUGUUUAUACCGAUUAUCGACCUACGCCACUUCAGCAUUAUAUUUUUCCUUCAGGAGGAGAUGGUCUAUACUUGGUGGUGGAUGAAAAUGGAAUAUUUCGGGAGGAUAGCUUUCAGAAGUCUUUGAAUGCACUUGUUCCGGCUGGUGAAGGAGACAAAAAGCGGGAGAACGGAAAGUGGCAAAAAGGAUUAUUUGCUGGUAAAUCGGGUGAAGAGAGUGAUAUCUUCAAGAUGGUGAAAAUGAUAAUUCAGCGACAAUAUGAUCCAGUGAUACUUUUCAGCUUUAGCAAAAGGGAAUGUGAAUUUCUUGCAAUGCAGAUGGCAAAGAUGGAUCUAAAUGACGACGAUGAAAAAGUUAACAUAGAAAGUAUCUUUUGGAGUGCAAUGGAUCUCCUCUCAGAUGAUGACAAGAAGCUCCCACAGGUGUCAAAUAUGUUACCCUUGUUGAGACGUGGGAUAGGUGUCCACCACUCUGGCCUGCUUCCUAUUUUGAAGGAAGUGAUCGAGAUACUCUUUCAAGAAGGUCUCAUCAAGUGCUUGUUUGCCACAGAAACCUUCAGCAUUGGUUUGAACAUGCCUGCCAAAACUGUGGUGUUUACAAAUGUGCGCAAGUUUGAUGGAGAUAAGUUCAGAUGGUUAUCCAGUGGAGAGUAUAUACAAAUGAGUGGUCGUGCUGGCCGUCGAGGUAUUGAUGCACGUGGAAUUUGCAUCCUCAUGGUUGAUGAGAAGCUGGAGCCAUCGACAGCCAAAAUGAUGUUGAAAGGAAGUGCUGACUGUCUGAACAGUGCUUUCCAUCUAAGCUACAACAUGCUUUUAAAUCAAAUGCGUUGUGAAGAUGGCGACCCAGAGAAUUUGCUUAGGCAUUCAUUUUAUCAGUUUCAAUCUGACCGUGCCCUUCCUGAUCUCGAGAAGCAAGCAAAGGAUCUGGAAGAAGAGAGAGAAUCUAUUGUGAUUGAAGAAGAGGAUAGCUUGAAUGACUAUUACAACCUCUUACAGCAGUACAAAAGUCUGAAGAAGGACGUCCGUGAUAUUGUGUUUUCACCUAGGUACUGUUUACCCUUCUUGCAGCCUGGCAGGUUAGUGUGUAUUCAAUGCCCAAGGAGUGAUGAUAAGACCUCAUCAUUCUCCAUGGAGGACCAGGUUACAUGGGGAGUUAUAAUCAAUUUUGAAAGGGUGAAAGGCCUUGUUGAAGAUGAUGCAAGUAGGAAACCUGAGGAUGCCAAUUAUACGGUUGAUGUUCUUACGAGAUGUGUUGUGGACAAAGAUACAGUUGGGAGGAAAUCAAUUAAGAUUGUUCCUUUAAGAGAGCCUGGGGAGCCUGUGGUUGUUUCCCUGCCAAUAUCUCAGAUUGAUAGCUUGAGCAGUGUCCGCCUGAUAAUUGCAAAGGAUCUUUUGCCUUUGGAAGCUCGAGAAAACACUCUGAAAAAAGUUUCUGAAGUUCUUCAUAGAUUUGCUAAAGAAGGGAUGCCCCUCCUCGAUCCUGAAGAUGAUAUGAAGGUCCAAAGCAAUUCGUACAAAAAAGCUGUUCGGCGGAUGGAGGCUCUGGAGGGCUUGUUCGACAAGCAUGAAGUUGCGAAGUCUCCUCUUAUCCAGCAAAAGCUCAAAGUUUUACACAUGAAGCAAGAGUUGACGGCCAAGAUAAAGUCAAUUAGAAAAGCAAUGCGUUCUUCCACAGCAUUAGCUUUCAAAGAUGAACUUAAAGCACGGAAACGGGUUCUUAGGAGACUAGGAUAUGUUACGAGUGAUGAUGUUGUCGAGUUGAAGGGGAAGGUUGCCUGUGAAAUCAGUAGUGCUGAUGAAUUGACAUUGACAGAGCUUAUGUUUAGUGGGGUGCUGAAGGAUGUCAAUGUGGAGGAGAUGGUGGCUCUUCUUUCAUGUUUUGUGUGGCAGGAGAAGCUGCAAGAUGCUCAGAAACCUAGGGAAGAGCUUGACUUGCUCUUCUCUCAGCUUCAAGAGACGGCAAGGAGGGUUUCCAAGGUUCAACUUGAGUGCAAGGUCCAAAUCGACGUAGAGAAUUUCGUUAAUUCUUUUCGGCCCGACAUCAUGGAAGCUGUGUACGCAUGGGCAAAGGGAUCUAAAUUUUACGAGAUCAUGGAGAUCACACAAGUAUUCGAGGGCAGCUUGAUCAGGGCCAUUAGAAGAUUGGAGGAGGUUCUCCAACAGCUUAUUCAGGCAACGAAAUCCAUCGGGGAAACCCAACUUGAAUCAAAAUUCGAGGAGGCUGUUUCAAGGAUCAAGCGUGACAUUGUCUUCGCUGCAUCUCUAUAUUUGUAGAGGAGUAAAAAAAUAAAAAAGAAGGAAAAAUCUUAUUGAAUCUAGAUUGGUGCUGGGUUAGGAGAUCCCAAUUUUGAUGAAAGAGGAGGAUAUGCUGAGUUGUGUAAUGCGAGUACUAGUAUUACUAUUUAAAAUACCAUUAUCAUCAUCUAAGCCUUGUGCCAAUUAAUAGGGGUUGACUACAUGAAUCCUAUUCCACGAGUGCAGUCUAUCAAGGGCCCCAGACUUUCAGUUAGACCAUAAGUCAUCAUAUCUUUUCUUACUACCUCCUUCCAUGCCCUUUUGGGCCUUUUCCCUUGCCCAUUUAGAGCCUCAACUUGAACCACCUUCUAACUACUGCAGUUCUUGGUAUCCAUUGCCGAUGACUAAAUUAUCAAAUUCUACUUUCGUUUACCUUAUUAUCUAUUGGUGAUACUCCAAUCUCCCUGCAAAACUUAUUCAUUUCUAAUUCUAUCCUUCCUCGUGUAGGAACUCAUCUGCCCAAACAUCCUCAUUUCAGCUGCAGUUAUCUUAUGAAGAUGCAGGGACUGUUUCUUAGAAGUUCAUGGAGUUUCAUGGGCAAUGCUGGGGUAGGUGCGGGACCUUCUUUGGGCACGGCAUGGGGGAGGGGAAAACAAUCCCACUCCAGGUGGCUCUUGACCCUGCCUGCGAUUUGGUGGUCUGUUUGGGGCGCAAGGACUCAAAGACACUUCCGUAACCAGUCGUGGCCUGUUCAGGCAAUGGCGAUGAUUUAAUGUUGUCUGAAUGGUCUGCCUUGUAGUACCCCUUUUGGGUGUGUUUGUUUCCAGCUAGGCUUGGGGAUUCUGGGAUUUUUGUUCUCUUUGUUGUAUUCUUUUGCUGGCAGGUCUUUUUAAUAAAUAUUUAGCACUCAUUAAAAAAAAGGUAAUAUAAUACUAUGCAUGUAGGAUUUAGAAUUACAACAUUCAUCAUUUCGUGUAUAAAUUACAAAUCAGUUUUGAUCC